AUGGCGUCUAGUUCUACCUCUUCUGGUCAAACAGAGAGGGAGCCUGCAAACACUUAUACCACUGGUCGUAUCCCAGAGAAUGAGAUUAUGGGUGCUUUUAAUGAAAUUGCACCAUCUGCAUCUACAUCCUCAACACUCAUCCGAAAGCCGUCUUACGAUGUAUUCAUCAAUCAUCGUGGACCAGAUGUCAAAAAAACCUUAGCCACCAGGAUCUAUAAUGUCCUUCGUAACAUGAAGGUGUCUGGUUUUUUAGAUUCAAAGGAAUUGGAAUAUGGCGACUUAUUGCCAGCAACAUUAGAAGCAGUAAUCCGCGGUGCUAUCCUUCAUAUUGCAAUUUUUUCAAAGAGAUACGCAGAAUCACCUUGGUGUCUGGCAGAGCUCUCGUAUAUGCUUAAAAGUGGCGCCAAGAUAGUUCCCAUCUUCACCUAUGUAGAUCCUAUUGAUCUCAGAUAUAUAGCUGAAAAGAAAGGAAUGUAUGUUGGUGCCUUUGACAAGCAUAAAAAGAAACGUAGAUAUAGCCGAGAAAAGCUUCAGGAUGAUGAGAGGAGGCUGUUGAAGAAUAUUGUGAAUAUUGUACUGAAAGAAAAAAGCAAUGUGCCAUUAGUAGUUGCAAAACAUCCGGUAGGUCUCCAUGAAACAGUAGAAGACUUUGAGAAUAAAUUUGCUAAGUGUGAUCAGGAUGUACAGAUUGUGGGUAUUUGGGGGAUGGGUGGUUCGGGUAAGACCACACUUGCCAAAGAAUUGUACAAUAAAAAACGAUCAUCCAUGGAGAGAUCCAGCUUUAUUUUUGACAUUAGAGAAGCCAAAGAGGUGUUACUAAAAAAACAGAUUGAACUCCUCAAAGACCUUGGUGGGAAUAAAACAUUUGACAAUGUAGAGCAAGGUAAAGAAAUUCUAACAAGGCAUUUGAAAUCUUUUAGGGUGCUCAUUGUUAUGGAUGAUGUGGAUCAUGCCGAUCAAUUGGAUGCUCUCUUACCUGCAAAAGACAGCCUUCCAAGUGGUAGUAUCAUCAUUGUUACAACACGGGAGCGUGAAGUUCUUACAUCUUGGCACAUAGCCUCGGUAUAUCAAAUGAAAACAUUAGAUCCAUUUAAUGCUACACAAUUGUUUUGUUGGCAUGCUUUUCUACAAGCUUUGCCACUUGAUGGAUUUGAGGAACUUGUUGAAAAGUUUGUAGAGGCUUGCAAUGGAUUGCCCCUGUCUCUCAAGGAGGAACCCACACCUGAUAUAAGCAGAAAUUUUUUGUCUCUUACACCCUAUUUAGUUGGACUAAACCUUUUGGAGAUUGUGGGAGUUCAUUUUAGUCAAAUAAUCCAUGAAAUAUCAAGAAAUCUGGUCUGGCUUCACUGGUCCGAUAUUGGGCAGAGGAAUCUUCCGGCGCAGCUUUCAUUGGAAGCUUUGCGGGUUUUACAUCUCGACGAAAUAUAUAAAAACAUACCUGUAUGGGAAGAUCACUUAGAAGAGUUGUGGGAGGCUGAGAGUGACGCCCCCGUACAGUUAAGAGAGUUGGUUAUAUCUAAUUGCUACAACUUCCAAAGACUUCCAAAUUCAAUAGGGUGCCUCAUUCAGUUGAAAAAGAUAGCAAUCACAGGUAGCAUUCUUAGGAGUUUGCCAGAAGAAAUUUGCCAUCUGCAAUUGCUGGAGCAUCUCACAUUAUCAGGUUGUCGAAUGCUAUCAUCACUACCCAAUAGUUUCGGCGAUUUGGCAAAUCUGCAAUAUCUAGAUUUGUCUGGGUGCUUUAACUUGAAGAGGUUACCAGACUCUUUUAAGAACUUGAUGCUACUGGAAUAUCUCAAAUUAAGAGGAUGUGUACACCUCAUACUUAGGUCAGAUGAUUUUCAAAAUAUUACAAAGUUGGAGUUUCUGGAUCUUUCUUGGUGCAUACAAUUGGAAGAGUUGCCUCAUCACGUCACAAAUCAGGUAUUUUUGAGAGAGUUCUAUUUAGAUGGUUUGAACAGGCUAAGGGAGAUUAAAAUCGGUCAACUAAGCAGGCUGCAAACGAUGGUAAUACGGAGUGAGUUGUUGAUAAGUUUACCAAACUCUCUUGGAGAUUCGGUCUCCUUGAAAAACCUCACUUUCGAAUUGUUAAAAUUUGAAAUCUUUGCCGACCUCUCUUGA